UUGUUGGUGAACUGGUAAAAUGGCGGACUAAAGUUUGGUGGCUAAACGAUGUCGUAAAUACGCAAAUGACCGAAUUAAUUAUGAAUGUUUUUAGUUUCUCUUCCCUAAACUCACGUGUUUCGUGCACAGGAGUUGUGCCGGCGUCGUCGUUUUAAUUUUGUGUUGUUUGUUUUCGUACUUUGUGCUUGGUGCAACUUCAAAGACAUGGAGCCAUAUUUACCAAGACCGAACAAGGGCCGUUAUUGCUGAGGAGGAAUUUUCUCAAUGAGAAAUGGGAUGGCUAAGCAACUGUUAGGAGACAGGCAUGGAUCCCGUGGGGCCAUGGUCGGCGUACGCCUCCUAUAACCGGCUGGCGGGGGUGCAGGGCGACCACCACCUCCCGACGAGCGGCGCGCCGCCGACCACCACCGCCCAGCUGCUGCCCGGCGGUUUCCUCUCCCCCACGCCGGUGGGCUACGAGACCGUCUUCAGCCCGCUGUUCCACCACGCGGGCUCCAAGCCCGCCGCCCACUAUGUCACCCAGCACCGGGCGCUGGCCUCCAAGCAGCCCGACGGCGACUACCACCAGCAGCCCUUCUUCGAGCAGGGCGCCGGCUGGCAGCAGAACAGCCCCUUCGGCAUUCUGCCGCACGAGAGCGUGGUGCCGACAUCAACGGCGAAGGCGGCGACGUACGAAAACUUCAACGCACACUUUGCGGCCGCCCAGACGCUCAACCACAUAAACUCGCAGCUGGCGGCGGCCAAGACCGCCGUCACCAGGGCGCAGAGCCCCGCCGCCACCGCCAAGCCCUCGCAACCCACGGGCACGUUCUUCCAAGCCACCUUUGCCGACACCGCCACCACCAAAUCCUUUACUUCCUCCAAUUCUAAUAUCCAGUCUUGCAUUGUUUCUUCCCCGUCGAAUUCCGCCGUCUCCAAGGAGUACCGGGUGCCGCAGGCACCCAGGGCUUACCUCACUUCCCCCAACGCGCAAAGACCCAUCAAGCAGACCGCCCCCCAGAUACAGACGAAAGCGCAAACGAAAAUCUACUCAGAGCUUAACAAUCAGAAUGACAGACAGAGAAACAACGAAGAGCCUCAGAGCCAGUCUUCUCCCAUUAGUUUUUCCAUUAUGGACGCCCCUGGGAGGAUUAACUACUCGGGUAAACGCACCCCCCAGUUCCAAAACUCCAACUAUCGCCACUAUCCGCAGAACGCUUCUACCGAGCAAGAUUUUCAAAGGCCUAAGAGCGGUUCGGAUUACAACUCGAACGGACCGGAUUGUAACGUGGUCGUACCGCGUAGACCCAGCCCCCUCCAAGCCCAUUCUCAGGCUUCUCCGCUUGGCCACGCCCCUAGCCCCGCCUACCCGAUGUAUAACAGCCCAAUGAACUCAAUCUCCUCCCCCCAACAAACUUCCAAUCAAGUGACACCUCCUUCUCCGUUGGACGUUUCGGUUCCGCGCCCCACCUCCCAAACGACGAACGUAGCGUAUCCUUCGGUCAUCACCCGUGCGUUAAACACCUCCGAAAAGACUUUUCCGGAAAGGUACGAACGACAACAAAAUAAUCAGAACUGUUGGGAAGAGCGGCAGCAAGCGAGAAAAUUUCAGGCCGGUGCACAGCCUAAUAGUUACAAUGCAGUGGCGGAACAACGAGUGGGACAACCGGGGUAUUUUGACUCGAAUAGCGGGCACCAGGUGACGCUGCAGGACUUAUCGAGUUGUCGGGGCGAUCCCAUGAGUAUUGUAAAAAAUCUACAACAGCAACAACAGAGCUGUCAGGUGCCACAAGUUGAAGUCAAAGUGGAAGUUAAGCCUCAGGUUAAGCGCAGGAAAAGCACGGAGAAGCCGCAGCCGCCGGUGGCGGCGGACGUUCCCAGGGUACCGCCACCGGCGCAUAGCACGGGGGCGCAGAACCAACAACAAAACGGGGCCUACUUCGAUUUUGAUAGGUGGAACUUGCCGCCUCCGACGUCGAAAAUUUUCACAACGCAGACUAUCCACCAACAGCACCAAGGUCUGAUGGUGCCGCACCCCCACGGCCACCAUCCGCCGCCGCCGUUGCCAUAUUUCGCACCUUUUCAUUUACCUCCUCACCCUGCAGAGUUUCCAAGCACCGUCGAAUUACCGCCUAUCAACAACUACUCGGACCAGAAUGCUCAACCGACCCCCGCGCAAUUCCAGCCGCAAGAAGACCAGCCUAAAGUCGUAGUCCCCAACAUCGAAGAAGAAUUGAAUUUCUUGUCGCAUGGAACAACGAGAGCACCGACCAAUAACGUGGUGAACAAGCCACCGAAUUCUCUGUCGAAAGACAAACCGAACGGGCCUGGAUCCGGGUUCAUGAGUAGUUACCUUAAGUUUCUUCAAGGAGAGAGGGACAGUUCGCCGCCUCCGAUUUCCAGAGGGAACAGGAAACAGACGUGGACGAGGUCGAAGCCGCAGAUCAACAACGAGGAUAAGCCCGAGAGUAACGGGACGGUUGCAAUAGCGCCGCCGCCGCCGCCGGUUGUGACGAGGUUGUCCCAGGGGGACCCCCAGGAUGAUCCUAGGUACUUUCCUUUGCCGAAAGAGAGGAAAAGGAAUAGCUUUGAUAGUGAUAGUGAUGGGAUCACGUCUGACGAUGAUUUCUUCAAUAAUAAAAAAUUUAACAAUCAGGGUAGUGAUAGGAAGGAGAAGAGUAGGAAAAAGUCGACGAAGAGCGGCGACAAGAAGAGGAUCAAGAAGCCGCCGAAAGAGAAGAGUAAAGAGAAGGAGGAAGAGGUGAUACCGAGGAGGGAGUCGACGAAGAGAGCGGCGAAAGAAAAGACUAAUUUCCAGCACCUUAUUAAAGCCGAUGAUGAUAUUGAAGAGCCGCCGGAGUUUCAGGACUCGGAUUCGGAUCCUGCGUGGACACCUCAAGCCACGAAGGAAGACGGUGAAGAAAUUGUUCCUAUUUCGAAGAAGUGUCGCAAAUCCGGGACGAAGAAAAAGAGAAAUCUUAUUACGGCAGCUGCACAGGGAGCAGGGAUACAAGAGAUUGAUGGCUACGUCAGCGAUGGGAACCCCAAGAAAAGUAGAAGUAAUAAAAGUAAUAAACAGAACGCACCUCCAACUUUAGAAGAUAACAUUGCCGCCUCCUUGUCUAAUAAUACUUUGAUUACGCAUGACGAAAAUCCAUUCAAGCCGGGUGAGUUUGUCGUAAUUAGAUCGGAACUUGGUCAAGACUGGCCUGCUAUCUGGAGGGUAGAUGGUAAAACUUUGCUCCAGAAAUACGAGCCGUUCGAGCAGAAUGGGCUAACAUUGUACAGAAAUAUCUCAACGUAUACGUCCUGGACCCCCGAGAGCAGAAAGCAAUACGUCCCGAUCCCAGUCCGCUACAAAUGCCAGACCCCGAUCGAAACCAUCGUCGAGUUCUUACGUAACGAAAUGACCGUCAUCGACACCGACUACCAGCAAAAAUGCAUGAAAGACUGUGAAGGCUACCAAGACAAUUUCGAAGUGUACAUACAAACGUUGAUUUCGCAAGCCUUGGAUAGCAAUUUUUUGACGGAGAUCUUCCAAGAAAAAGAUGAGUACUUCUUGUCGAACGUGAAAAUGAUAGACGACAUCACAGACAGCAAAAAGAAAAAACUUCUGUCGCUUCUGCGGUGGCCACCCGCGGUCCAGGCGGCCGUGUGCACGUGGCCAUGCUUCAAUGUGAUACGAGAAGUCAACCCGUCGGAUGCCCACGCAAAGACCUGUGCGGCGUGCGGGAGGAUGGAGGUGGCGGUGAGGGUGCUGAUGUACGGACAGCCGUACAACUCGACGACGCUGGAGGGGUGCCAGCCAGACCCCAAGGCCAUGAACGAGAAAAACUUCUUGAUGUGUCGGAUAUGUGCGGCUCGCGUAGAACUGUCGAAUAAAGUGACUCAUCAAAAAUACUUGAUGUAUAUCGAAUGUGCGAAACGUGUAGGUGAAAAACGGACUAGUGAUCCAAAUAAGGAUACAACUUGUAUAUUAAAUGAACUGUUGGCAGAUGAGCAUUGGUUGAAUCAGUUGUUUUUGGAGGUACGUACUUCAUGGGCGGAAAUCGACUGUAUAGAAUACAGUUCAAAAAUGAAAAAUAAUUCAGUGUACACGCAGUGAUGUUUUUAAUUUAAGUAAAAAAACAGACUUACUUAAAUCUAAGGACUUUUAAGAAAUAUCAAAAUUGUGUAUAUUAUAUUUGAUGAGAGUUUAUAUACAAAUAAAAAAUGUAUUGUUUUAA